AUCUUGGGAACACAAAACUGAGGUAACUUGUUCAUAGAACUUGUCACAGAGACAUUGUCCCUUGUCAUGUCUCAAAAAAGAAAGAAAUAAAAGAACCAUUUCAAUCAACUCAAUUUCUUAAAAAUAAAUCAAAAUUGAAAAAUUGAAACAUUGAAUUGUAAGAUAGAUAGAGAGGUGAAAGAGGAGACAACAGAAAGAGAGAACAAAUGGCAGAAAACUGGAAGCAGCAAUGGGCGAUGGUGGUGGGGAAAAGGGAAGAAGGACCUUCUACUCCACCACCAACAUGGAGACUUGAGCAGAAUGGUAGUGGUGACAGCAAAAACCCGGUUCAAGAGUUCCUCAAUGUUCCCAUUUCUACAGUUUCUGCAAGGAAGCUCUGUGCUAACCUCUGGGAAAUUCAGCCCCACCACCAACAAACCCCACUUGCCAAAAUGAACAAAACCGGCACCACACUCCGCCGCCGGCGCCGCCGUAGGGACAGAGUGGCUGAGCCUUCUUCCAACACCCCUUCUGACAAGCCAGCAUCUGCUAGUAGUGUGAGAAGACAUGUUGCUGCAUCACUUGUUCAGCACCAUAGAUCAGUUGAGAGCAAUGGCAGUGCUCAACAGCCUGUAUCACCCACUUGUUCCAGCAGUUCAGUGGAAGUGGCACCAUAUAAAUCUGCAGUAACUCCCACAAGUUCCUUAGACUUCAAAGGCAUGGUUGGCGAGUCUAGUUACGGUCUUACAACAUCCACAGAGUUACUUAAGACACUCAACCGUAUCUGGAGUCUUGAAGAACAGCACGCAUCAAAUAUAUCACUAGUGAAAGCCUUAAAAACUGAACUAUAUCACUCUCAGACUCAGAUUAAGGAGUUACUAAGUGAGAAGCAAAUGAAUAGGAAGGAAAUAGAGAACUUGAUGAAGCACAUGACAGUGGACAGACUUGUUAGGAAGAGCAAAGAACAUGACAGAAUUAAAGCUGCAGUUCAACCAAUCAAGGAAGAGCUAGAAGAUGAAAGGAUGUUACGAGAGCAUUCUGAAAGUUUGCAUCGGAAGCUGGCCAGGGAGCUUUCUGAAGUAAAGUCUUCGUUCUCCGGCUGUCGGAGAAAUCUAGUAAGAGAGAGGAAAGCACGAAUCCUUUUGGAAAAUUUGUGCGAUGAGUUCGCCAAAGGAAUCAGAGAUUACGAGCAAGAGGUACACUCUCUUAGGCGGAAUUCGGAGAAGGGUCAGGUUAAAGGCAACAAUAGCCUUGAUAGGCUGAUACUUCAUAUUUCAGAAGCUUGGCUUGAUGAGCGCAUGCAAAUGAAGCUAGCCGAAUCCGGCAGCGAUCUCGUAGAUAGAACGUCAAUUGUUGACAAGUUAGGCUUCGAUAUUGAAACAUUUCUUCAUGCGAGAAAAUCUGUUGAUUUGAAAAAAUAUGGUUACUCCUCCCCGAAGGAGCUCAAGGAAAUUUACCCUUGUCAGCAUUCACUGGAAUCCUUUCCACUACAUGAGGUUGGAAGUGCACCCCAGAAUUUGGCUCAGGAAGAUUCCAUUGACAGCAGGACUUUGUUAAAGGAAGAGGCCAAACAAGAUCCAAAGGAAAGUGAUAGUGCCAGACCAAACCAGAUUGGAAACAGUUCCUUGUUGUCAUCAGAAGGUGAUAAGAUUUAUCCUGAGAGUAUUUGCAGGGAAGAUUCUUGUGUCCAGUCUGCAGUUACAGCUAAUGGUGGUCAUGUGAAAGUGUGGAAAUUGAAGUUGAGUGCUUCAGAUUUUGACAACUCUGAGUCUCCUACCAAAUUGCCUAAGGGAGUAAAGGAAAACACAUUGAUGGCAAAACUGCUAGAAGCAAGAUUAGAGGGACAGAGAAAUCGCUCUAGAGCUGGCAAAAGCACUUCCUAAUAUGAGUAGAGAAGUAUCACAUGGAAAAAUUGGAAUGUGAAAUAGUUGCUAUGGGUAAUUGGGUAUGACCGAGGGAUCUCUCAUCAAAUUCCUGUAACCAUGUUGUAUCAUAUAUGCAAGAAUCAUUAAGUUAUUCAAAGUUGAGAAAUGCUAGCAACACACUUUCACACUUCAUGUGGUUGGUUUUUUUUUAAAGAGAAAAAUGAUGAUGCACCUGGACUGGGCGAGCCCCUAGAGGGGCAACGCCCAGCAUGUAUCCCGCCCUGAGGCGGGGCCCUGGCCUUCAGAUGGGCCUUGACCUCGGAGGCCCAAUUGGCCCAAUAGGUAGUACCCAAGCUCUAUAAAUAGGAGGUAGUUAUCAAGUGUAGGGGACUUUUGACUCAUUUGAUGAAAUAACACUCGAAAUUCAGCA